GGCGAGCUGUCCUCGAGGAAUGAAGUUCGCUGAGCAUCUGUCGGCUCACAUCACACCAGAAUGGCGAAAACAAUACAUCAACUACGAGGAAAUGAAAGCCAUGCUUUACAUGGGCUUGGAGGGAGGUCCUUCGGCGGAGUCUGGAGAAGCAGAACCAGAAGAAGUCACCAGGCACUUCAAGAACUUUGAUGAAAAAUUCUUCCUAUACUGUGAUAAUGAACUAAAAAAAAUAAAUACUUUCUACUCAGAAAAGUUGGCAGAAGCAACUCGAAAGUUUGCUAAUCUCAGGAAUGAGCUGUCUACCUCAAAGGAAAACUCAGGAGUAAAAGGCAAGCGGUCAGGGAUUAGUCAAAAACCAAGAAACCUAACAGCUAGGAAAGUACAAGAGCUCAAACUUGCUUUCAGUGAAUUUUAUUUAAGUUUAGUGCUUCUGCAAAAUUAUCAAAACCUUAACUUCACUGGCUUCAGAAAAAUUCUUAAAAAACAUGAUAAGCUGUUCCAUGUGGAUGAUGGAAGACAUUAUCGGGAGCAGCAAGUCGAAAGUUCUCAUUUUUACACAAACACAGAUAUAAUUCGAUUAAUAUCAGAAGUUGAAAGUACAGUUACACAAGAGCUUGAGUUUGGAGACAGGCAAAAAGCUAUGAAAAGAUUAAGAGUACCUCCACUAGGAGAAAAGCAAACACCUUGGACAACAUUUAAAGUUGGAUUAUAUUCUGGAUCUUUUAUUGUUCUCUUUUGCACAGUAGUCAUCUCAGCUAUUUUCCAUGACAUCGAAAAUGAGAACCUGAAAACAGCAUUUAAACUGUAUCGUGGACCACUUCUUAUAAUAGAAUUUCUAUUUUUGAUUGGUGUCAAUGUAUAUGGGUGGAGAUCAUCAGGAGUAAACCAUGUACUUAUAUUUGAGCUGGAUCCAAGAAACCAUCUUUCCGAGCAGGAUUUGAUGGAAGUUGCUGCAGUUCUUGGGGUUGCUUGGACUCUGAGCCUCCUUUCUUUCCUAUAUAGUUCAUCCCUUAGUAUACCACCUUACUUAAAUCCUUUAUCCCUCGUGAUACUAAUGGUCCUAACGCUAUGCAGCCCCUUGAGAACAUUCAGGCACGAAGCUCGCUUCUGGACACUUAGAGUUACUUGGAAGUGUUUUGCCGCACCAUUGUACCACGUUGGAUUUGCUGAUUUCUGGCUGGCAGAUCAGUUCAACAGUUUAGUCACAGUCUUUUUAGACUUACAUUUUCUUAUUUGUUUUUACAUAACUGAUGGUGACUGGUUGAACACCGGAGGUGACAUUAACUGUGACAGUACUGCAGCACUGAUUACUAAAGGUGUUGUGAACUGUAUUCCAGCAUGGAUACGUUUUGCUCAAUGUAUUAGACGUUACAGAGAUUCCAAAGAAGCAUUUCCUCAUCUUGUGAAUGCAGGGAAAUAUUCAACUACAUUUUUUGUUGUUAUAUUUAACACUCUAAGGACUUAUUUCAAAGAUGAUUAUCUUGAUGAUUACGAAAAUCCUUACCUAUAUUUAUGGUUUGGAGCUAAUGUCGUAAGUUCGAUCUAUGCCUAUACAUGGGAUAUCAAGAUGGAUUGGGGUCUUUUUGAUUCAGCUUCAGGAGAAAAUAAAUUUCUCAGAGAAGAAAUUGUUUAUUCUAGUAAGGGAUUUUAUUACUUUGCCAUCAUUGAAGAUCUAGUUUUGAGAUUUUUGUGGGUUCCAUCAUUUAUUCUCACUCAAAAUAAAUAUGUUGGUGCUGAACUCAUGACUUCUAUGACUGCGCCAUUAGAAGUUUUCAGGAGAUUUGUAUGGAAUUUUUUCCGAUUGGAAAAUGAACAUUUAAACAACUGUGGUAAAUUCAGAGCUGUUCGGGAUAUAUCUGUAGCACCACUAGAAUCAUCAGAUCAUACUCAAAUUCUUAAAAUGAUGGAUGAUGAAGAUGGAGUAACUAACCGAAAUAAGAAAAAGAAGUCGUCAAAAAAACCUCACAAAGAAGAUAAAUUAGCUCUUUUAAGUAAAGAUACUCUAGAUCAAGUCAGUAUUAAUAUUCCCACACCCAAGCCAAAGAAGAAAAUAUAAACUUUUUACUUUGUCAAUACUAUAUGCUAAAUGCCAAAGUCAGACCAAUCUCAAUAAAAAUCAUACUACUAUCUAUUGUAUGAGGAUGUGGUUGUUGAGGCUCAUUAGUUAAUGAAAAUGAAAACAACACAUUUUGUAAAUAACAAUAUAUUCUAUGUAUUAUAUAUUUAUAUAAAGAUUAAAGCUAAAUAAUGUGUACAUUAAAAAAAAAAGUAGGAAUAAAAAGAGGAUUCAGAUGAAACUGUGUCAAAUCAAAUAACAAUAAUUAUGUUAUUUGACCUAGAUCUACACAAAUCUACCAAUGUUGGAAUAAGUUUUAAUUUUUCCUAUUUCCACUUGUUAAGGAUUACAUUUGAUUAGCAAAUCAUGAUAUUGUAAACAGUUUGGAGGUGCUAUUAUUUCAAAGUACAAAUAAUUGCUUUUGUACAUUUCUUGUAAAGUUAAUCUAACAACAUUGCCCUAAUAUACAUUCCAGUGUUUUAACAUACUGUAGAUAUGAUGUAAAUUACCUUGUUGAUAUGAGCAAUGUAAAUAAAAUAAUAUUAAAUAUUUUAAUUUUUUUUACAAAUAACAUGUCACAUUACAGUUACCUAAUUGUGUUCCACAAAGUAAUUAAGUGAUAUUUAAAAGUUAUAUCAGCUAUUAAAAUAAAAUGCAAUAAAAAGGGGUGUUCAUAAUUACUCAAAAUGUAUAACUAUGGAAGCAAAACAUUUAUUGAAUAUCAUUUAAUGUUGAUAAUUU